GGACAGUGAGAUACAGAGAGAAACUGAGGGACAGAGAGAUACAGAGAGAAACUGAGGGACAGAGAGAUACAGAGAGAAACUGAGGGACAGAGAGAUACAGAGAGGAACUGAGGGACAGAGAGAUACAGAGAGGAACUGAGAGGCAGAGAGAGUGAGAGACACAGAGAGAGUAAGAACCUAAGAUACAGGCAGAUCCUAGGAUGCACUGAGAUUAUGACCCUGAGACACACAGGGACAGAUCUGUUGUGACUACAACGGCUGCGACUCAGGGUGAGGACCCUCCUCUGAGUCCGGUGGCACCAGCGAUGCUGUGGACAGGCAGCCAAACCACCUGGGCUAGUGUUCCACAGCUUGUGGUGUCACGCAAGGCAGCAGAGCCCGGGAAGUGACAAGGAGUCACCCACAGGGGACCAGGAACCAGCACGGGCCAGGUACGGCUUCUGGUGGACCACGUUAACAGAUCCAUCACCCUCUGCUGAAUACAGACAGAAGCGGGGUCACGUCACCAUGGAGCCCUCCUCCUCCUUCUCGUCUGGAAACACAACAGCCAGACCCGCCAGCAACACCUCCCAGCUGCCCUCAGAUCCGUCCUUUCUGAAGAAGCUGGCCCACCUGGAUGAGGGCCUCUACAACGACUUCUACAGCGUGUGGAUCGCCCUGGUGGUCAUCAACAUGCUGAUCUUCGUGGUGGGCCUGGUCCUGAACAGCCUUGCCCUGUAUGUCUUCUGCCUGCGCACCAAGCCCAAGACCACCUCGGUGGUGUACACCAUCAACCUGGUGGUGACGGAUCUGCUGGUGGGCUUGUCGUUGCCCACGCGCAUCAUCCUGUACUACAGUGGGGGGAAAUGCCAUGUCUGCUCCUAUGUGCACAUCUUCAGCUACUUCGUGAACAUGUACUGCAGCAUCCUGUUCCUCACCAGCAUCUGCGUGGACCGCUACCUGGCCAUCGUGCAGCUGGAGGCCUCCCGUAAGUGGAGGAGCCCCGGCGUGGCUAAAGCUAUCAGCGCCUGCAUCUGGCUCUUUGCCUUCGUGGUGACCUACUCCUCCCUGACCACUGCCCUCAAGCAGGGAGCCUGCUGCCUGUCCAAGCUCUUUGCGCUCACUGUCUUCGAGUUCUUCCUGCCACUGGUGGUCAUCGCAGUGUUCACUGCGCGCAUCACCUGCGCCCUGGCCGGGCCGCGCCUCAUGCAGCAGAGCCGCGAGCGCCGGAUGCGGGCGGUGCAGCUGCUGCUCACCGUGCUGGUCAUCUUCACCGUCUGCUUCACGCCCUUCCACGUGCGUCAGGUGUUGGUGUACUUCUACCCGGACAUGCCGCACCAUGUCAUCGUCUACCAUGCCACUGUCACCCUCAGCAGCCUCAACAGCUGCAUGGACCCGGUUGUCUACUGCUUCGUCACCAACAACUUCCGCUCCACGAUGAGGGCCAUCUUCCGCAAGGCGGAGCCUGAGCACACCAGCGGUGACGUCAUCAGCAUGCAGCGCAGCUCCCGGGGGUCUAGGGGCUCGGGCUCACCAGCUGCCGACGCCCACGGCCUGAAGCUGACGGAGCAGAAUGCCCCCCAACAGGGCAGCCUACCUGCCUGAAAGACUGGACCAAUUUAGGGCUGGACUUUGGCAGUGUAGCUACGCUGUGCACAUCUGUACAGACUGCCAGUGAAGGGGGGGGGGUGCAAUUUGGGUUUGGGGGGGCACAGGCCUCAUAUUCCUGUAUAGUCGAUUCUCGCACAUGCAGACCAAAAAUUUUUUUUUACAAAUUUUGCAAUUGGAUCUCAGAUUCUAUGCUUUUUUUAUUUGAUCAUGUGUCAAUGAAAGAGUGGAGAGUAUCUCAUAAUGAAGUCCCUUUUUAAAAGUGAUCUGGGAUUAUGGGGUCUGAAAUGGAAGAUUUUUAACAGCUGUAAUGAUGAAGUCAGAUAGUUGGUUAAGAGGGUUAUAUACAUUCAUUCUAAAGUUAGGCUUAUGUACAUUAACUACUAUAAAAUGUGUAAUAGGUACUGCAUUGUAUUGCAUUGUUGUGUUUGCUCUAAAAAUAAUGUAGGCUGUUAAAUAAUUACAUUAUGGGAAUUUACCAGCCAGUCACGUGACACCUCUUAGACGAUACAUUGAGGACUUGAGGAGAGACCUUGGGAAUUUGCGACUACGUCACAGUAACCGAAAGCAGCUAUAGGGUCAUGGUUAUAUUAAUGUUAAUUCUGAAGUAGCCCAGUCCAUCCUAGUAGGAGAGAGGCCUUUUGCCACUCUGCACCGUUAAUGAACAUAGAUAAUUUAGAAUGUCAAAAAAUAAUAGCGAGUAUGUUUUCAACAUCAUUAAAUGUGGCUCCUUCUUAUCCACGUGUUCUUCAGUCGUAGCUGCAUUGUUGAACAUUUCAGUGCUUGUGUAAUAAUGUUUAUGUACAUUUCUGCACAAUGCUUAUUAAAUAAAGCUAAAUAAAUAAACACUAUAUUCUUAAAAUUUA